AUGGCAAAUUGGCCUCCGCUUGCUCCAGUUCCACCGCCCGAGGUGCAGAGCGCCAUCCCGUCCCAAGAGUGGGAGCUCUAUAUAGAUGCUUGGGUCUUGGUACUCGGUCUACGCAUAGAGGCGUCGGAUGCCCAAUUCCGCGACCUCGCACCUAACGAUGAAUCCGCAGUCUCAUUCUUGACUUCAUUCUACAGUCAAUUAUCCGCACCCGGCACGUCUGGUCUUCAUGCAGGUACCAAGUCGAAGACGUUACGGAAACUCAGCUUUCUGCUGACGAGACGAUAUCUACUGGAGCUGUCAACCUCGCCGGCCCAGCUUCUUGAAUGGAAGUAUCUCGGGGAUCUAUGUUGUUGCUACCCUUCGAGUGCGGCAGCGAAGAAGCUGCUGUUCGAUGUAUGGAACAAGCAUGAGAACACGAUAUCGUCCAGUCUGGAGAAGGCCAAGUCGAUGAUUAUCAAGCAGCUCUCUCUUAUGAACCCUGCCAAGUCAGCAAGCGUCGUGUCUGACAUUCGCUCGCUGACCAUCCUGGCGUCUGCGCUUCCUCAGUCCGGUCAGAUACUCAUGGCCGGUGCGGACUACCUCGAUACGUUCUCCGAUGCCUAUCAAGCGCAUAAACGAGAAGAUGCUCGUCGAGUCCUCGUCGCGAACAUCUACGUUGGCCUGGUGUCUCUGUUGAAAGGUCCUAAGCCCAACCUAUCACUACUGCUCGAUCAACUCUUCAGCCUGAAAGCCAGCGCCGGCGUGGGCAACCCCCAGACCAGGAAGGAGGCCACGCUUCUCUCCGACGUCAUCUGCAGCUCGGAUCUGCUCGUCCGACUGGAGCGGUAUCUACUCUCGUAUCCGCAGAAGCGCGGCCAGGACCUCGUAUCCAGUCUGCGCGCAUACCAAGCCGACUCAAAAGUCUUCCAUCAUCGAUAUCAAAAACAGAAGAGGACCGUCGACAAGGGUAAAGCCCGCGCCUCGGACCUCCCUCGCCCUGAAGAUCUCCACAUCCACAAGAUGUCCCUCGUCACCCAGGUCCAAGAUCUCUUCCCCGACUUAGGCUCUGGCUACAUCGUGCGUCUCCUCGACGUGUUCGACGACAACCCCGAAAUCGUCGUCGCGCACCUCCUCGACGACUCUAUCCCGCCUCAUCUCCAAUCCCUCGACAAAUCCGAACAACUCCCCACCACCUCCUCCACCAUCCCUCACGACCCUUUCCCACCGCAUCCCACGCCCCCCUCAGCCACCCCAGAACCCAUGCCCACUCGCAAGAACGUCUUCGACACCGACAUCGACCUGGCCGAACUCGCGCGCUCCAACAACGAUGACGGCAAACUGCACUUCGGCGGCCUAGACUCCACCCUAACCACCGAAGCCGUGCUCAACGACCGCAGUCACCACGCGGCCAACAAAGCAGCCAUCAUGUCCGCCCUCGCAACUUUUGACUCAGACGACGACGAACGCGACGACACCUACGACGUCGCCGAUGUCGGCGGCACCGUAGACGCCACGACCACCAACGCAGACGCCGACGCCGACGCGCGCAAGACUUCCGAAGACCUCGACAUGACGCUCUUCCAGGCCUACAAGGCCAACGCGGCCCUGUUCGCCCGAGACUCUGCUACCCGUCGCUCGCAGCCCCGCGCGUCCCUGAAGCGCGAGACCGGAAUGACCGACGAGGCUAUCGAGGGCUGGGCCGUGAUGCUGUCUCGGGACCCGAAACGACUCGCCCGCCUCGAAGACAAGGUCUCCUUUUCUGGUGGUGGCGGUGGUGGCGGCGUGCUCUCGCAACCGGAACUUCGUCCAACGGCGUACCGGAAACCCGGACCGAAGGGUGACGACGAUCUUGACAGCGAGUCGGACGAGCCAUCUGGGUCGGGAUCCGCUCAUAGAGGAAGAGGAGGCGGUUCUAAUCCGCGCGGUCGAGGUCGUGGAGGCGGCGGUGGUCGAGGACGAGGAGGAGGCGGGAAUCGACGAGGUGGUGGAGGUGGAGGAGGAGCCUCCGGAGACCAGAGCAGUACUUCGAAUACAAACGUCUCGCGACAAAGAAAGGAGGAGAAUAAAUCGAGCCGAGCGAAUCAUAAUCGACGACAGCAGAGAGCGAAGAAGGUAGCUAGGGCGGGGGGCAUGGUUGGAUGA